AAAGGCACAAGCAGUUUUGUCCUGAAUCAUAGAAAAACAAAAAAUAUCUUGUAUAUUUGAAAAGAGGAUAUCAUGAAGACUAUAUUGCUUCUUUGUUGUCUUAUAGCCUACUUAGGCUAUGCCAUGAGCCAGUCGCCUGUUUCCCUUAAAAUGGAUUGUAAGCAGUCUUUGUCCACUGUUGAUUGUUCUUUUGAGUUCAAAAAUGACGAUGAUGAAGACUAUUAUCUCCUCAAGCGUAACACUCCUCUCGAAGGACUCCGCUCUCCUUUUGUUGCUGUUUCUAUAGAUGGUGUUCCACUGCUAUAUAAGGGAUAUCUCUUCUACUGCACUCCUCCAAAGAAACAUGACUUUGUACUCCUAGAGGCCGGAGAGAGUGUUACUGCAACUGUUCAAAUCAAUGAUAUCUUUGCUUUCGCUUCUGAUGGUACCUACAAUAUAAAGUACAAUAGGCCCCUGCAAAUUCUAUCAAAGGAAAAUAUGGAACUGGAGUCUGCUUCUGGCGAGAUAAAAAGUGCUCGCAAGAUUGAAGUCGAUGCAUCAGUUUUUGUUCAACUCGAGAACACCAAUCUUCUCUCACGCCCAGUCAAUAAAGAGUCUGAGGAAGAAGGCGAUCAAGUUUACAUUGAAUCUUGCAGCAGUGUAGCCACAUAUGUUGGUGGCUCGUCAUCAACUCGCAAGGCUACUACUAAAGCCCAUAAGAAGUUGUGCAGUAAAUACCUUCGAGCAAGAAGAAAAGUUGGCAACAACGCUACAUACAGGCUCUGGUUUGGUGCUUAUACUAAUAAACAUGCUCGUAAAGUCAAAUCUGUCCUCAAAAAGAGCAGGGACAGGAUUGCCAGGAAUUCCGUUAAAUAUAACUUCAGGGGAAGUGAAUGUGACAGUGAUACAUAUGCAUACACUUGCUAUCAAUGUGACACAGUUUGGUUGUGUGCUAUAUAUGUUAGUGAUCCUACUUUGUGCAGGACCAGUGGUACCAGUAAAGAAGGAACACUUGCACAUGAAUGGACUCAUGUUGGAGCUGACACUGAAGAUUAUGCUUAUGGAGUUACUGACAGUCAAGCACUUGCCCGUAAUGAACCAGAUAAAGCAGUUGAUAAUGCCGAAAGCUUUGAGUUCUACUAUUGCCGUGCUUGAAAAAUGAUCACAGAGACACUUUAAAUAAUUUUAAUUAGAGCUUUUGGUAGACCACUAGGACUUUUGUAUUUCUAGAGGUCACCAAUCAUUCUUAGAUAGGUAAUAUAUAGACUGUUAUUUU